AUGAGAGAAUAUUAUGCUUACCGGAUACAACAGAGGCCCUGUGAAGCAAAUACUCUUAUUAUUGGUGGUCGACUGUUCCAACAAUACGUUGUUGAUGCAUUCACGGCAAUAGAAGAAGAGCGACUGCGCUGGGUUAGACAGAAUCAAACAGUGUUGCGUACGGAUCUGUACAGAAAUGUAUGUGAUGCAGUUGUGCGUGGAGAUACAAUAGCUGCUGCUACUGGGAAGAGAAUCGUUUUGCCAUCUUCUUUUACAGGUGGCUCUCGAUAUAUGGUUCAAAACUAUCAAGAUGCCAUGGCCAUAUGCAGGACAUUUGGAAAUCCUGAUAUCUUCAUGACAUUUACUGCUAAUCCAAAGUGGCCAGAGAUUCAAUACAUGCUUCAGAAAAUACCAGGUCAAUCUGUCGAUGAUAGACCGGACAUCAAGACAAGAGUUUUUAAAAUGAAACUUGACCAGCUAAUGAAACACAUAGUGGAGGGGCAAUAUUUUGGUAAAAUUAUAUCAGCCAUUUAUACCAUAGAGUUUCAAAAAAGAGGUCUGCCACAUGCACACAUACUAUUAUGGUUGCACCCAAGCAAUAAGUAUCCCACCCCGGAGGAUAUAGAUAAGAUUAUUACUGCAGAAAUGCCAUCUAAGGAAGAUGAUCCAGAAUGUUUUAAUGCGGUAAAACAGUUCAUGCUGCAUGGACCGUGUGGAGAUGCAAAUAUAAAUGCACCUUGCAUGAUUGAUGGUAUUUGUAGUCGAAAAUUUCCCAAAAGUUUUUUCGAUGAAACAACAAUAGAUAGAGAUGGGUUCCCGACGUAUAGAAGGAGGGACGAUGGAAGACAUGUGAAAAAAGGAGAUAUCAAUUUAGACAAUCGGUAUGUGGUUCCAUACAAUCGAGGUUUGUUGCUGGCAUUUCAAGCACAUCUAAAUGUUGAAUGGUGCAACAAGUCAAGGGCCAUAAAGUACCUAUUUAAAUAUCUUCACAAGGGCCCAGAUAGAGCAACAAUGGUAAUAGAAGAUAAUGUUUUGGGCAACAGAAGCACAAAUGCAACUCAUAUAACAAUGGUUGAUGAGGUCAAAACAUUCUUGGAUUGUAGGUAUGUAUCGGCAUGUGAAGCAUGUUGGAGGAUAUUCAAUUUUGACAUACACUACAGAAAUCCGGCUGUUAUGAGAUUGAGCUUUCAUUUGCCAGAAGAACACUCAAUCACUCUAAGAGAUUCAGAGCAAAUGUCAGACGUAAUUUCAAAGGAAGGAGUUGAACAUACUAUGUUUACAGAAUGGAUGCUAAUGAAUUCAAUGAGCUCGGAAGCACGUACAUUAACCUAUGAAGAAAUAAAGACAGUGGGAGGGGUGACUUAUCAGACAUUCAAAGAAACAUGUAAUGCUCUUGGGCUAUUGAAUGAUAACAAAGAGUGGAAUGAUGCAUUGAAUGAAGCAUCACAGUGGGCCACAGGCACUCAAUUAAGAGAGUUAUUUGUUACCAUUUUGCUUUAUGGAGAAGUGGCAGAUAUAGGGAAACUAUGGGAAACUAAUUGGAAAACGUUGUCUGACGAUAUUGUCUACAAAAAGAGAAUAUUGUUUCAACACUCCAGAUUGGAGCUUAAUGAUGAACAGAUUCAAUCAUACUGCUUGAUUGAAAUUGACAAGAUUUUGGUUCGUGCUGGAAGUUACCUUUCUGAUUUUGAUGGAAUGCCGUUGCCAAAUAGUGAAUCCUUUGAAGCCACGGAAAACCGACUUAUUGUGGAAGAGCUUAGUUAUAAUGUUGAUGACCUGAAAAAAGAACACGAAAGAUGUCAUCCAUUGUUGAACGAACAGCAGAUUGAUAUAUAUAAUAAUGUUAUAAAUGCUGUCAACACUAAUAUUGGUGGACUCUACUUCGUGUAUGGCCAUGGAGGGACUGGUAUUGCAUCCCUCUUGCUUCCUGGAGGAAGGACCGCUCAUAGUAGAUUUAAAAUUCCUCUUGAGAUCUAUGAAGACAGCACAUGCUCAAUAAACCAAAAUACUCAUCUAGCUGAUCUAAUGGUUCAAACAGAUCUCAUAAUCUGGGAUGAAGCACCAAUGACUCAAAGAUAUGCUUUUGAAGCUCUUGAUAGGACACUUAAAGACAUAAUUGGUUUCAAAUUUCCGGAUAGGGCAGAGCAACCAUUUGGAGGAAUGACAGUUCUUCUUGGAGGAGAUUUUAGGCAAAUACUUCCUGUAAUACCAAAAGGUCGAAUACAUGAUAUAAUUCAAUCAUGCAUCAACAAGUCUUUUUUGUGGGACUACUGUACAAUAUUUUCAUUGUCCAAAAGCAUGAGGGUCAGAAAUACUACCUCUACAGGCAAAGAACAUGAUGUGAUACGUGAAUUCAAUAAAUGGCUACUUCAACUUGGUGAUGGAAACAUUCAAGCACAAAGCCGACGUGGUGAAGAUUUUGCAUCGUGGACGACGAUACCAGAUCAAUAUCUUAUCCCACCAAUGGGUGAUCCACUCAAACAAAUUGUGGAUAACACUUACCCAGAAUUAAAGAGCCAUCUGUGGGAUGAAGAAUAUUUCAGGGAAAGAGCAAUACUCACUCCUCUAAAUGAAACAGUUGAUGAAAUCAAUAAUUAUAUUGUUCAGUUUACUGAUGGAGAAACAAAACAAUACAGAAGCUCAGACGAGAUUGACAAGACAACUGACAACAUAUCAGAUCAAGAGCUCAUGUAUCCUGUGGAAUUUCUAAACUCCUUAAAUAUUAAUGGAUUUCCAAGACAUUGUUUGGAGCUUAAAGAAGGAAUGCCUAUUAUGUUAUUGAGGAAUAUCAAUCCGGCAUUAGGAAUGUGUAAUGGAACAAGACUUAUUAUUACGCAUCUAGGAGAGCGAGUAAUAGAGGCUAAAAUAAUUACAGGAUCUAACGUUGGUUCAAAGGUGCUAAUCCCCAGAAUUGUUCUUACUUCUAACGACUCUAAAUGGCCUUUUCUGUUGCGCAGGAGGCAGUUUCCAAUUAAGGUGUGCUAUGCAAUGACAAUAAACAAAAGUCAAGGCCAGUCAUUAAAUUAUGUGGGAUUAUAUUUGCCAAGACCUGUAUUUAGUCAUGGACAACUAUAUGUUGCCUUUUCAAGAGUCACUUCCCCAGAGGGACUGAAAAUUCUAAUUGUUGAGCGUGAUGAGAAUUAUGUACAAUACACGAAAAAUGUAGUGUACCAUGAGGUAUUUAGUGGUCUUCCUCAAUGUAAAUAUAUUUGA